UCUUUCUAAAAGGGACAGAGAGAGCAUCCUGCUACAUUUGCUAAUCGAGAGGCUGAGUUGGGGCUGAGCUGGUCAGGAUGCAACAGGUUCCCGUGGGCAGCAGGCUGGUCCUGGCUCUCGCCUUCAUCCUGGUUUGGGGAUCUUCAGUGCAAGGUUAUCCUGCUCGGGGAGCCCGGUACCAGUGGGUCCGCUGCAAACCCGAUGGCUUUUUUGCAAACUGCAUGGAGGAGAAGGGACCACGGUUCAACCUAAUAGUAGAUGAAUCCAACAACAUCGGCCCUCCGAUGACCGAUCCUGUUUUGAUGGGAGGAUUCCCGAAAGAUUUCUUCCCCAUUUCUGAUGACUAUGCUGUGUCCGGCUCUGGCUCCGGCUCCGGCUCCGGCUCAGGCUCUGGUUCAGGUUCGGGUUCAGGCUCUGGCUCCGGCUCUGGCUCUGGCUCAGGUUCCGGCUCUGGAAGCGGCUUCCUAGGUGACAUGGAAUGGGAAUACCAGCCAACAGAUGAAAAGGAUAUUGUCUAUUUCAACUAUAGGCCUUUUGACAGGAUGCUCACCGAGCAAAACCAAGAACAACCAGGAGAUUUUAUUAUGUGAGAGUGACCGUCUCUGUCUCCCCACCUCCAUGCGGAACAAUGUAUUUACUAUACUUUGUGUACCACGUUUAAAUGAUCAGUCUCAGGAUAAAGAGUUUUACAGAAAAUUUAAAAUGCCUAGAAAAGACUCUUGAAUCCUGUUACCCCUUUCCUCAUUAAUUCGUAAGGAAUUAUGCUUUAAUGCUGUUAUCAUCUUAUCGUUCUGGAAAAUACCUGCAUUUAUAUGUAUAUUGAAUCAACAUUGUGAAAUUAACAUAUACUCCCAUUAUUAUACAAUAACUUUAAAAGCCAUACUGGUUUUGAACAUUUUAAUUUGAUAGCAAGUUGAUGAACAAUACUUCAUACCUAAAGUGUUCAGGAACCUGACUCACAUUGUGAAUUAAAGAUAUAUUCCUUUAUGUGAUUAAAAAGAAAAUAAAGUGAAACACAGUGGUCUCCUA